AUGGCGACUUCAUUUAUAGUGAAACAGGUUGGAAACAAAAAGGCUGCUGGACCUAUUUUGGAAAAUCCCAACAUCGUCGGUGGUUUAGAUCCAGUCAAUCCGGCUGGGAACGUUGGUGGACCUAUUCUGGAACCGGUUAUCCAAGGUGACGAUUCUGCAGGGCAUAUUGGCGAUGUAGUCAUUCUUGAAUCUAUCUCUGCUAGCCCGGUGGCUCAACUUGCUGGUGGAGUUAAAUCUGUCACUGCUAGAAUUCCUGAACCAGAGGGAGCUUUCUCUUCAGCAGUUGCAAUUCUAAAAGAGAAGAAAACUACAAAGGAGGAGUUUAAUCCUACUGUUUUGUCUAGGUCGGAUCAAUUUGUUGGCUUCUCUUUCAGUUUGGAUAACAAACUUUUGUCGAUAGCUACUAUUUAUACUAGUACGAACCUUUAUAAAAUAAGGGAUCUUUGGAGUGACCUCAAUGAUUUACAAAUCUCUCAUCCUCUACCUUGGGCUUUUGUCGGGGAUUUCAAUGUGAUUAUGGGAGCCCAUGAACAUAGAGGAAGGAUUAAUCCUGCUGUUAGGCCUGUACAAGAUUUCCAAAAUUGGACCAAUGAUAAUGCCCUAUUUCACUUCCCUACCACUGGUGCUGAUUUCACUUGGACGAAUAAACGGGAUCCCCCGUUUACUGUUGAAAGGCGUCUUGACCGAUGCAUUGGAAACUCUAAUUGGAUUUAUUCUUGCAACUUCAUUGCUGUCUGUUCCCUCCCCAGAGUCUGUUCAGAUCACCAUCCUCUCUUGAUGGAAUUUCAUGUCAAUUUCGCGCGCACUGUCUCGCCGUUCAAAUUUCUAAGCUCUUGGUCUCUUCACGAUAACUGUAGACAGGUUAUUCUUUCUGCUUGGUCUCGUAAGAUUGUCGGCUGUCCUAUGGAUUUUUCCAUGGUGAAACAAACUAUCCUUCCUCUCGUCGACGAGGCGACGAACAGAGUUCUGACCAACAUUCCCUCUCUUGAGGAAAUUUCUGCUGCUGUCUUUAGUUUAAAUGGCGAUAGCGCUCCUGGUCCAUACAGUUUCGGAGCGUUUUUCUAUCAAAAAUAUUGGGACAUUAUCAAGCACGACGUUUCUAAUGCGGUGAUUCAAUUCUUUUCCUCUGGUUGGAUGCUUCCGGAAUUAAAUGCUAGCUCCAUUGUCCUUAUUCCAAAGAUAAAAGGGGCAAACUCGUUAGAUCUUUUCCGUCUGAUUGUUGUGGCCAAUUUCAAGUUCAAAAUUAUUUCCAAGGUGAUUGCGGAUAGGUUGGCUGCCAUCAUGUCGCUGUUGGUUUCUCCUGACCAACGCGAUUUUAUCAAGGGUCGUAGGAUUCAUGACUGUAUUGCUUUAGCUUCCGAGGCCUUUAACCUUCUUGACACUAAGACUUGGUGUGGUAAUAUCGCUCUCAAAGUGGACAUAUCGAAGGCUUUUGACACUCUCCAGUGGGAUUUCUUGCUCAAAGUAUUGCAUAAUUUCGGUUUCAAUGAAAAAUUCUCAUGGAUUAAUUGUAUUCUGCAUUCUGCUCACCUCUCUGUGAAUGUUAAUGGCAGCCUUAAAGGUUACUUUUCUUGCUCUCGCGGUGUCCGUCAGGGGGAUCCGUUAUCCCCGUUACUUUUCUAUCUCGCUGUAGAAGUUUUGAGUAGAAAGAUUACUUCUUUAGUCUCUUCUAACAUCCUGGAGUGCUCUAAGGGUCCUAAUAAAGUCACUGUGCCUUCUCAUAUCUUGUACGCGGACGACAUUUUUCUUUUUUGUAAAGGAAAAUUCUCUAAUAUCAAAACUAUCAUCUCUACCUUGCAGGAGUAUGCCACUGUUUCGGGACAGGUUGUCAACUGCGACAAAUCUGUAAUUUUCGGUGGGGCUAUGUUGACUUCAAGGCUUAACAUUCUGUCGGAGUUGUCCGUUUUAGAAUUGGGCCCGCUGCUGUCCUUUGCUGGCAGAGUUGAGCUUGUUAAGUCAUUCGUUCAAAGCAUGCUAACUCACUCUAUAACUGUCUAUGCGUGGCCUCUCUCCCUCUUACGUGACAUUGAGCGUGCAUUCAAACGUUUUAUUUGGAGCGGUGACUCUUCCAAAAGUAAAGUUAUCACUGUCUCCUGGAAGAAUAUGUGUACUCCCUUAGCCGAGGGUGGUCUUGGUCUUCGCUCGCUCGUUAAGUUGAACGAGGCUUUCAAUCUGCAGCUAGCUUGGAAUCUUGUCACCUCUUCUGAUCCUUGGGUCCUGUUACUCAGAAAAAGAACUUUGAGAAAAGAAUCCAUCAGUUUCUGGUACGAUAAUUGGUGUGGUGACCCUUUUCAUCUCGAGGUGGACGAUCCGAAUGGUUUGAUUGAUCAAAAGGUCAGUGAGAUUUUUGUUAAUGGUGAUUGGGAUUUUUCCAAAUCUGCUACUUCUAUUCCUUUACCGGUUCAGCGCCGUAUUCGCUCUAUCUUUAUUCCGCAUGACCCUUGCGCGGAUGCUAGAGUCUGGAAGCAUUCCUCCAAGGGAGAGCUCUCCUCCAAUCUCUGUUAUAAUUUCAAGCGUUCUAGAGGCACUCGCUCGGAUUGGUGGCGUUGGAUUUGGGCUAAAACAAUUCCGCCAUCAAAAUCCUGUAUGGUCUGUAAAUUACUUCACAAUAGGAUUGCCACCGAUGAUCAAUGGAAACGAAGAAAUUUUUCUUUUCCGUCUCGGUGUGAUCUUUGUCAAGAGGAGGAAGAAUCAUCUCAUCACCUUUUUUUCCAAUGUAAUUUCGCUACUCAAAUCUGGAUGUGGGUCGGGCAAAGGCUUCACUUCAAUGGCUUGAUUAAUUGUUGGGAUGAUGUUUACCGUUUACUCAGCAAGAAGACGUCCGGCCUAUGCAAAGCUGUUUACAAGGCUGCGGUUAUUUUUGCUUUUAACGCUAUUUGGCACUCCCGUAACAAGGUCAGAUUUUAG